UAAUUGGUACGUCCCAUCGCCGCUGCCUCCACAGCGGCACGAAGGCGAGCGCAUUCCAGAAAAGGGGGGGAGAGAACGGAGUUUGAACCAAGCGAGCGAGAAGCGGAGGGGAUUUGGUGAGGCGCUCGAAAUAAUUGGGAGGAAGGUUAAAGGCGACCCCCGAGUCCACUGGAUCAUUCAGAAAAAUGCUUGGAUUCCUAAAGCAGCCCAUUGUCUUUUCGGUGGAGAUCAACGUAAACCUUGUGGUUUUGGCUGCGAUUGGGUUAAUAAGCCGGCUGUGGGCGCUGUCCUAUCCGAGAGCUGUAGUUUUCGAUGAAGUCUAUUACGGCCAGUUCCUCUCCUUGUACAUGAAGCGGAUCUUUUUUGUAGAUGACAGUGGAUCGCCGUUUGGCCACAUGCUUUUUGCUUUCGGAGGUUAUUUGGGUGGAUUUGAUGGAAAUUUCCUGUGGAACAGGAUAGGAGCAGAAUACACCUCCAAUGUGCCGGUUUGGGCUUUGCGGCUACUCCCAGCAGUAGCCGGUGGCUUGUGUGUUCCCUUGGCAUACCAAAUAUUGGUCGAGCUACAUUUCACCCAUUUUGUUGCCCUGGGUGGUGCAGUCCUGAUUUUGCUUGAAAAUUCACUUAUUACUCAGUCCAGACUGAUGCUUUUGGAGUCAAUUCUAAUCUUUUUCAUCCUCCUGGCAGUGUUAGCUUAUCUGAAGUUUUACAACUUGCAGAAACAAAGCCCCUUUUCUGCAAGGUGGUGGUUCUGGCUGUUGCUAGCAGGGAUCUCCUGCUCUUGUGCAGUUGGGGUGAAAUACAUGGGCCUCUUCACUUACGUCCUCAUUCUGAGCCUGGCAGGAAUCCAUUGCUGGCAACUGGUUGGCGAUUGCUCCUUGUCCAAUAUCUCCCUGCUGUGGCACUUCUUAGCCCGAGGAUUAGCUCUUCUGAUCAUCCCAGUCGGUCUCUAUCUCUCGUUUUUCUACAUCCAUUUGAUGUUGCUCUACCGGUCCGGGCCCCACGAUCAAAUCAUGAGCAGCGCUUUCCAGGCCAGCUUAGAGGGGGGUCUUUCUCGCAUCACUCAGGGGCAGCCCUUGGAAGUGGCUUAUGGUUCCCAGAUUACGUUGAGGAAUAUCUUGGGCAAACCCUUACCUUGUUGGCUUCAUUCCCACCGGAAUACAUAUCCCAUCAGGUAUGAAAAUGGACGGGGCAGCUCCCAUCAGCAGCAGGUGACUUGCUAUCCCUUUAAGGAUGUGAAUAACUGGUGGAUUGUCAAGGAUCCCGGGAGGCAGCAUCUGGUAGCUAGCAACCCUCCACGGCCUGUGAGACACGGCUACAUUGUGCAGCUGGUCCACGGAAUUACCACCCGUUACCUUAACACGCAUGACGUGGCUGCGCCGCUGAGCCCACAUUCCCAAGAGGUGUCCUGUUACAUCGAUUACAACAUUUCCAUGCCCGCCCAGAAUCUCUGGAGAGUGGAAAUUGUGAACCGGGACUCAGAUAACGAGAUUUGGAAAACAAUCCUGUCUGAAGUCAGGCUGGUCCAUGUCAACACGUCAGCAGUGCUAAAGCUCAGCGGAGCCUCUCUACCCGAGUGGGGCUACCGGCAACUGGAGGUCAUUGGCGAAAAGAUUUCCAAGGGCUACCACCAAAGCAUGUUGUGGAAUGUGGAAGAGCACCGAUACGGGAAAAGCCAUGAACAAAAAGAGAGAGAGGUGGAAUUGCAUCUGCCCACUCAGAUCAACAUCAGCCAGAACCUCACCUUCAUUGCCAAGUUCACCGAACUGCAGUGGAAGAUACUCACUCUGAAAAAUGAGGAUACAGAACAUAAGUACAGCUCGUCUCCUUUGGAUUGGGUCACCAUGGAGACCAACAUUGCUUAUUGGUUCCAUUCCAGCUCAGGGGCUCAAAUUCACCUCUUGGGCAACGUCGUCAGCUGGACGUCGGCCAACACAGCCACAGUCGUCUACGUGGUUUUGCUCCUGGGGUACCUGCUGCGGCGACAGCGGAAUAUCCGGGAUAUCCCUGAAGAGACAUGGCAGCAGUGGAUCCUGGCCGGAAGCAUUUUUGUAGGUGGAUGGGCUGUGAACUAUCUCCCGUUCUUCCUGAUGGAGAAGACCCUCUUUCUUUACCAUUAUCUGCCAGCCGUUACUUUUCAAUUGCUCCUGAUCCCCGUCAUCCUGCAGCACACGAGCGACUUCCUCUGCAGGUCCAGACUUUCUAAGAGCAUGCACAGUGCCUUAGUGGCAGCCUGGUUAUCUUCUGUCUACCUUACAUACCACACAUUCCGGCCGCUCACCUAUGGCGAGCCGGCGCUCUCCAAAGCCGAGUUGGAGGCCCUGCGUUGGAAGGACAGCUGGGACAUUUUGAUCCGCAAACGCUGACCGAGGCCGGGAGACGGAUGGGCGAGAAAAGGAAGAUGAAGAAUUCAUCUUAACUAUAAAUCCCUUCCACUUUGGACCAAUUCUGACAUUACUUACGUUCCCUGAAACAGCAUUAUUGAAUUGGAAAUGCCCAGCAGGAUGGACAUGUGGGUGGCCUGGGCUGUUUUUCCGGUUUCCCCUGCAGAGGAAAAAUCCUGAGCAAGCUCUAUUUGGACAAGUGAAAGAAAAAGAAGUGAACUUUGCUCAUUUGGGGCAGAGGAAGGGGGAAAAUCCUCCCCCAGUCUCUUGAGUGUGGAAAGAGUGCACAGGCCUUUCUGGCCAGAGACCACCUCAACGUGGAUGGGGUUCAUUGAGACCAUAAACAUUUGGGAAUAUUGAAGUUUUGCAGAACCGGCUCUGAUGUUAAUGUGAAAGAGGAACAGGGAGAAAUCAACCUGAACAUGAAACUUGUUUAUCUCAGCCCAUAAAAAGGGCAGGGCUACCAUCACUUGGUAGGAGCACCAUUAUGAACCCAUGGAGCAUCACUGCAGACCUCUCGUCUUCAGCUUCCAGAGGUCUCAACAGUGGCUGGCUAAGAUGCUCUGGGAAUUGAGGUACCCCCAUGGAAGCUAUGCUGAUCAGGAAGACUUGAGGGCUGACAGGCAUGAAUUUUGGGUAUGGUAAAACCUAUCCAUCAAGUUGGUGUCUUUCUCUAUGAUCUUAUGGAUGACCCCAAGGGUCUGCAGAACCCAAAUUACUUGAAGGAGUAAGCUGUUCCGCAGGGCUGAUUUUUUCCACCCACUUCCAUCUAUUCCACUCAACCUUCUACUUGGUACCUUCAAAGAUGUGGAUCCUCCCCCCCACCCCAAAACCAUGCUGAAAAUUUGGAGGCUUGCAGUCCACAGAUUUGGACUAUCCCACCCUCCCCAUGUAAAUGAGAAAGCAUUCAUUUAUUUUGCGCUCGCAUCUAUGAAGGCCAGAGAGCCUGCCUGUUCAAAGCAAGCUUAGCAUUGAAAGGCUGCAGACCUCCAGAUCACCACUAGAUGGCAGCAGAACAAUGUGGAAAACCAUUUCUUGGCCCCCUAGUGGCCAUCUGGAGGGUGGCAGCCCAGCUAUGAUCACUCCUAGUUUAGAAAAUGGUGCUAGACAGCUUAAAAAAAUAUGAAAGUUAAUUAAAAAAUCAACUGAUUCAAAGUCCUGCUUGCAGCUGGGCACUUCGACAGAAAAGUCUCCCUUUCUUGCUGUGAACUUCUACGGUUAAUGAAGGUGCUGUAUUUAUUCUUUUGAUGUAAGGAUUUUUUUUAACGUGAAACAAAAUAGAAACGAUUAAAGGCAACUGUAAUUUUGA